AUGUCGAUCGCACUGGAGAGCGGGCCCGGGCUAGGCGGCGGCGGCGGCGGCCGGUUCGGCCGCGUCGCCCGCUGCGGCGCUACCUGCGCGGCGGCCUCGCCGCCGGCCUCGGCGGGGCGCGGCGGCUCGUCGUCGGCGGGGCGGAACAGCAGCAGCCCGGCGGCGGCGGCGCAGUGGGAGUGGGACGGCGAGGAGGUGGAGGGCGGCGACGGCGAGGUGCAGAGCUCCUACAAGGGCUCCCCCUUCGACACCAUGGACGCGCUCCAGGAGGCCCUGCCCUACAGGAAAGGGGUAUCCAAGUUCUACAACGGCAAGGCCGGAUCUUUUGCAAAGCCUCCAGCUGCUGUGAUACUGUCUCCUCCAUCUGUCAAGGGCCUUCCAAAGCCAGAAACCCCAUCCCCUAGGAAGCGGAAAGGUCUUCUUCCAUUCAUCAGUUUCAAGUGGGGCAAAGCACAGAACAAAGAGGUAUACCCUGAAGAUGAUGUUGUGGACAGCCCCAGCCCCAUGGCUUGCAGGAGGAUGACGGUGUCUCCGGCUGCCACAAGCAGCUCAGGGAGCAAUAGCGGCAGUGAUGAUGAAGCUCAGAAGCUGCCGUCCCGUCGACCAUCCAGAAAGUCCGGCAGUGGCACGGGUGUCUUUGCUUCUCCGCCCAUGCCUCGUCCACCGAAGCUGUUCCCAGCUCACAACAGAUCGCAGUCGAUGCGUGAGCUGCAGGACGUGUCGGAUUCGACCGCCAUGGUCUCUCCCAGGGACAAACGCAGGAAGAACUAGCAAGAAACCUGGAUCUCAGCGCUCCUUCAGUCCUCCCAACCACUGGUGUCCAUUUUAGACUGCGGAAUCCAGUGGGCGACGCCUGUGUGCUAGCGAUGCUCUUUGCGAGGUCGAAUGGACCUACCUGUAUGCUAGCGAUGCUUUUUGCGAGGUCGAAUGGACCUACCUGUGUCGAUAGAGCUGGGAAAGAAACUCUCCUUAUACCCUGAUGCUCAAUACAUAGAAAUGAACCUGAGAAACUGAUGCCAUCCCAGAGUAAUUAGUGGCCUUUUCAUGCAUUGGUUGCUACUUGUUGACUUGUAAAUGCUGGAAUCUGCUAUUGUCGACUAAUUCAAUCAUGUUGCUCUGCGCUGUA